AUGUAUUUGACUUGAUUCACACUAGGACUCGAUCUGACAACUGUUCGCCGAUUGUGUACAUUCAUCUGCAGCAUUCAUCUGCCAUAUCAUAAAUCAGUCAGGCUUUUGGUAGUCUCACUUUCCUCAGGUAUACAUUAAUAACUACAAGGUGCUCACAAUCCCCUUUAUUUGUAGGGUGCUUUGCAUCUACAUGAUGCAUCAUUAGGUGUGACAGCUACUGUCAGGGCUAACAAGACGUCCACACCCAGAGUAAUUAAAUGUGAAUUCACGGAUUUUAGUAUCCAAAACAAAAACAUGUCAACCAUUUGCAAUACUUGCAAUAAUAAGGAACAAUAGGAAAUAACUAGGAACAAUAUCAAAUUACACCCAGAAGUUAAGAAUUUAUAGAAUUUAAAAUCAUUGACUAGAAUACAAAUAUUUUAUUAAUCCUCAUGGAGAAAUAAUGCUCUCCAUGAGACAGACAUGCAGAUGAGAGCAAACGUCGUCGUCAGACAGCGUUCAAUGCGUCUUGCUUACUCUGUUAACACAGGUAUCUGAUGCACACAUACACAAAGAAUAGGUUAUUUAUAGCGUGCCGACAAACCGCUUAUGCACAGGUGCAAAGUGCCAGCAUAGAAAAUGGUAUUGCCAAACUGAUUACAAUUUCUGCUCAGACGACUGGGGUGGAGCAGUGAUCCCCUCCCCCCCAAACUCCGUCUAUGGUAAUUUAGAAUUAAGGCAAUUUGAACCAGUAUCUCAGUCUUUGUUGUAGUUGCAGUCUUAAUGAUAUGAACAUGAGCGGAUAUAGCCGGUGGUCACUUUUGCAAUUGAUAUAGUUGACUUUUCAAAUUAACGUAAAGAGAAGGUAAGUAAAUUCUAUUAUAUCAAAUGUGCUAUUCGACGACCUCGAAAACCCCUAAACCGUCACCAAGCGGCCAUCUUGUGCCCGCCCCUUAUCCCCUCCCCGGUCUUUUCUGCGCAUGCGCCAAACGCGGCCAGCGUGCCCCGCGGUCGAUUAAUUUUUCAUGACAGAGAAGGUCCUAUCCUAUGGCGACGCGGUCGGCGAUGUCUGCCAUCGCCCCUUCCUCCCAGAAGCCAACGCAUCGGCAGCGUAUUUGACAGCGGUGGAAGAUUAGACUUAAAUCAUUACGAUGGCCGGAAGGCUGCUGCCCAAGUGGCCCUGCUAACCAGCCCUCUCCUCGUCUAUGUAGUCAUGCCGUGAGCUUCGGUUCAAGCAGCUUUCGCGUUGCGUUUUUAGCCGAAAUGCGACGCUACCUCCGCAUGCUCCUGGCGUGCGCGCUCUUCGCGCUACUCUCCGCGCUCUACGUGUUCAGCCAGUUCGCCUCCUCGCUGGAGCGCGCGACCGGGCGGACAGACGGGAGGGCGCAGCGCGGCGACGGGCGCCAGGGAGCCGGGAAAGCGGCGCAGAAAUCAGGGCCGGGCGACCAGCAUUGGUAUAACAGGUGUAGGAGUUUGUCAGUGUCUUACUGGAAUCCCUAUUGGAGGCUGCCCCCUGCUGUUUGUGGAAUGAACUGCUUAAUGGAAUCGUCUUUUAGGUACAUUCUGCGGGAUGAGAAGCCGUCACGGGCUGGGGGAUCCAGGCAGGAGCCGGUGCACCUCGCCGUGGUGGCAUGUGGGCAGAGGCUGGACGAGACGCUCACCAUGCUCAAGUCCGCCGUCGCCCUGGGCCGCCAGCCGCUGCACUUCCACAUCUUUGCCGAAGACGAGCUGCACUCCGGCUUCAGAGCGGCGCUGGAGGUGUGGCCUGGCCCCGGCCGGUCCCGCUACAACUACACGCUGUACCCAAUCACGUUCCCUGCCGACAACGCUGCUGAGUGGAAGAAGCUGUUCAAGCCCUGUGCCUCUCAGAGGCUCUUCCUGCCUAUCAUCCUAAAGGACGUGGACUCCCUGCUGUAUGUGGACACGGACAUACUGUUUCUAAGGCCUGUCGAGGAUCUGUGGUCCCUGUUGGCCCAUUUCAACUCCAGCCAACUGGCUGCUAUGGCGCCAGAACACGAGGAGCCGCGCAUCGCCUGGUACAGCCGCUUCGCGCGGCACCCCUACUACGGCAAGACUGGCCUCAACUCCGGGGUCAUGCUCAUGAACAUGACCAGGAUCAGGGAGAAGCACUUCAAGAAUGACAUGACCUCCGUUGCCCUGCGGUGGAAGGACCUCCUAAUUCCACUGCUUCAGAAGUAUAAGCUGAACAUCACCUGGGGAGACCAGGACCUGCUCAACAUCAUCUUUCACCACAACCCUGAGAGCCUCUUCCUCGUCCCCUGCCAGUGGAACUACCGGCCAGACCACUGCAUUUACGGAAGCAACUGCGUCCCGGCAGAGCAGGAGGGCGUCUUCAUCCUCCACGGCAACCGGGGCGUCUAUCAUGACGAGAAGCAGCCGUCAUUCCGGGCGGUUUACCAGGCGUUUCAGAGGUACACGUUUGGGGAGGAUUUGGUUGAGUCUCUCCUGCUACCUUUGGAGGAAGAUUUACGCAAGACGACUCACACUUACUGUGGCCGGGUGGGACAUCUUUUCACCAAGAGGCUUCAGCUGAGCGUGAGGACUUCUCAGGGGGACGCUUCCAGAGGACAGUGAUUGGUAUCUUCUGGAAGGAGGAAGCCCGGGAACUCCUAACCAACACUGCCUUUAGCAUAACGCCACACUUCGCAUCAGAUAACCUUCUCGAAUGUUUCAUACGAUAUCUGACCCUGAGCGUGAUCGGGCUCCACCCUGUGGGGGGGUGGUCAGAAUACAACAGUAGGGAAGAGGAGGAGCAGAGUGUCCAGCUGUGCCCAAUUGGUGGACUACAGCACUUGUGGAGAUGUGGCAGUGGUCCAGAUCCACAGAGACUUCCAGCUCCUGACAAGCUGGGGCGUGACAAUCAUUUUCUGAGUUUUAUGACUUUGCGUGUCUGACAAUCACGCAGGUUCUCUUGGUGAUCGCGCAGAUAGGAAUACCAGUCUUGCUCGCUGGAAAGGGAUUGUUUUUUUGACCAAGAUGUUUGGGUAUUUAUAACAUCCAUUAUUCCCAGAUUGGAUUUGGAGCAAUAGAUUAUCCCUUGUGACUGGGGGGAAGGGGGGGUACUUUUAUCCGUUUUUUAUUUAUUUUUUUAUUUUUUUUAAUUAAAAAAAGGUGGUUUAGCGUAGUAUGCCAUGUACAUCAGUGAGGUGUUUAAAUUCUUCCUCCCAACCAAUUGUUUGAUCAUUAAAGGAACAGUUUACCCCAAAGCUGAAAAAAGGUAUGUUUUAGAUGGGCUUUGGUACUAUCUAUCCAUCUAGGUUGUUCUGCUGGGACUUGCCAAGUUUUAGAGAGAUUUGUUGUAGAAAUGUCAGGCUUCUCUCGAAUAUAAUGGGAGUGGAUCUUUUUUUGGUUUUGGGGUGAACUACCCCUUUAAAUAACAGUACUUACAUGCCCUGAGUGUUUCAGAGGCUCGGUGGUUUAUUUCAAGUUUUGCUUCAUCCGUGAAGAUUUGUUCAUGGUAGGGCUGACCUCCCUGCACCUUUGAGGUACAGCUCAGCUGCACUCUGCUUCUCACAUCGGCAGUCAGUGGACCAGCAUCCUGCCUUAAGCCCUGUGUGUCUCUGGGCAGGCUUCCGCCCCCCAAAACCCUCCCUGGACAAACGUUUGUUAAAGAUGGUUGGGUGGACAGACAGACUUUAUGGAAAUGUUCAGUAUAUGCUGUAUUUCAAUGAUAGAACCACUAAUACACUGCUAUGUUUGUGUACUGAAAUAUUUUAAAAUGUACUUUUCAUUUCAAUGACUUUUCUUAGUGUUUUCCUGUAUUUAAAUAGCUAAUGCCAAAAAUGGUUACAUAUGUGAUUGUACAUAGAUUAAUAUUUUGAUUGAAGCAAAACACUAAAAUCUGAAGUUUUUAUGUUGACUGAAGAAUAUUUUGAAUGUGAACUUUUAAUGUUUUCAGUUCUUUUUAAUGUUGUAAUGUUGUAGUUAUUUUACUGUUUGUGGGGAUACGUAACAGGUAAGUGAUUUACAUGCAAUAUAUUUUUGAAAAGAUUAAACUUUUUUUAUAUGCAGUGAGCAAACGAUGGAUUUUCAGAAUUUAAAAAUUAAAGAUAUUAGCUAUUGAGUG